AUGUACGAGAUCGAAACCGUAACACAAUGCGCUCGUAAUACUCGGCUUUCCUUACCCUCAGCCCGCACUUCGACGUUCACUACAUGUAUACGAAACCCGAUCUCGGCAAUGCGCAGCGAUGAAGGGACCUCGGCGAAAGCGACAGCACCACCGCUGAAGGACGAGAUCAAACCGGCGCAGUCGUUGGCGGAGCAAUGUGAAAGGAUACAUAAGAGAGUGUAUGAGCUGUUGGGGAGAGAGCCGGAGACGGAUAGGAUACGGGAGGUACAGAGGCAGACGAGGAUCAGUUUGGGGGUUAUUGGGGAGGCGUUGGAGAGGUAUAGCCUCGAUGCCCUCUCCUUCUCCUACAAUGGCGGGAAAGACUGCCUGGUGCUCCUAAUCCUCUACCUCGCUGCUCUGCACACCCACGCUACCGGCCAACCGCACGAACCAUUGGACAAUGGUCUUUCGAACGGCUCGCAACAACAAACCAAUGGCUCACGACCAUCACCAAAAUCCCGAGCAUUCGCCCUCCAACCCUCCCUCCGCUCCGUCUACAUCGUCACACCCAACACCUUCCCCUCCGUAACCUCCUUCGUCGACCACUCGGUCCAGAAAUACCACCUCUCCCUCGCUCGCUACUCCCUCCCCAUGCGUGCCGCCUUCACCGCCUACCUCGCCGACGCGCCCUCAGUCAAAGCCAUCUUCGUCGGCACCCGCCGGAACGACCCUCACGGCGCCGCUCUCACAUAUUUCGACCGAACAGAUCAUGGAUGGCCCGAUUUCAUGCGAAUCCAUCCUGUGAUCGAUUGGCAUUAUAGGGAGAUUUGGACCUUUAUAAGGGAGUUAGAUGUGGAAUAUUGUGAGCUUUAUGAUAGGGGGUACACGAGUUUGGGCGGGAUCGAUGACACGCAUCCGAAUCCGAAGUUGAGGAGGGAGGGCAGCGAGGGGGAGACGUAUAGGCCGGCGUACGAGUUGCAGGAGGAUGGAGAGGAGAGGGCGGGGAGAGAUUUUGGGAGGUGA